UACUAUAUAUGAAUACUAUCAAAGAGCUGUGCACCGAUGAUGAACACAAAGACUUGAAUGGGUCGUUUGGUAACGGCGUUCAAAAGUCUUCUAGUCAUAUUCAAAGAAAAGAGCAUAACCAUCUUGGGUCGUGGUUUUCUUUUACUACCGGAAAUAAUAACGGAAAUGGAAAAGUGCCUACCAAAAGAUGGUUUGACCCAUUCUAUCCCGAUGAAGAUCCACAGUUUGAUGGUUCGUUAUUCUUAGUUACACCGUUGGUUUUACAGUACAGGGGAUCUUAUGGAGAAGAGUUUGCUAUUGUUGACAAUCGCGACUUGUCAAAGUUACCUGUUGACUAUGAGUGCUUUCCCGAUAUUGAAAGUCAAGAGUAUUUAUGCCAUCGUUCUCUGAAUAGGCAAAAUCUAUGGGAACAGAUUACUUCAAGUCUGAGCACAUUCUUUCUGCCUGAGGGUUUUCCAGAAAGUGUAGGCGAUAGUUACUUGCAAUAUUCGAUAUGGCGUGGAAUUCAAAAUAUCAUUAGUAAUAUAAGCCAAGUGCUGAGUACUCAAGCUCUUUUAUUAGCUGCAGGAGUUGGAAGGACCCAUUCAGAGACUCUAGCGGCAGCAACUGCUUGGGCUUGGAAAGAUGGCAUUGGUCAAGUAGGAAGGCUAUUUACUGCAGUUUUAGGUAAUCAGUAUGAUGCUGAUCCUAAACGUUGGCGACUUGUAUCUGAUCUCUUGUAUGAUAUUGGAUUGAGUUUAGAGAUAUUGAGUCCGGCUUUUUCUAAAUAUUUUUUGUUUAUGGCUGCAUUAGGAAAUAUAUCCAAGUCCAUCGCAUUUGCUAUAGGAAUUUCUUGUAGAUAUUCAGUAUUGAAAACUUUUGUGAGGAGAGAAAAUCUUGGCGAAAUUAGUGCCAAGAACGAUGCACAGAAUGUGGUUACUGGAAUGUUGGGAACUCUUAUUGGUGUCUGGAUGAGUAAGUGUUUACCAGCAGCUCCUAAAGUACGCUUAGGAGUCUUUCUAUUUUUUACUGCCAUUUAUUCGUUUUUCAAUUACAAGUCGAUGCAAGUUGCAGAAUUGACAACAAUCAAUAGACAAAGAGGAAAUAUUUUGGCACAUUCUUAUUUGAUGUUUCAAAAUGUACCUAGUGUGUCCAUGAGUAACUCUUACGAAAGAUUUGUUCCUUUAUUUCCAACCGUGUUUCAGUAUCCCCAUGUGAGGUUAGGAGUAGGACUAACGGAGUUGUCGAUCAGUAUAGAAAAGAUAGCCAACUACACUCGUCAGUUUUCGAAAGAAAAAUACAUUUUGAGUUUAAGCGACGGAGAAAUUAGAGUUGCAUUACAUCGAAAUCAUGAGUCUGUUGAUUUAUUGCAGUUGUUAUUGCAUAUCGCAUUCAUAAGGGACGAGAUUCAACGCCGUCUUGGUCCGCAAUGUACGAUUCGAGAUGUGAGUAGCAUUGCGAAAGGAAAAUGUAAAGCAACAAGAAGAAAAUUGUUGCAAACUCUUGAUGCUGCUUAUUGUGAAAGAAUAGUCACACAAGGCUUACAGUAUGCCAAAGUUCAUGUAGACUCGUUUCACAAAUUGUUGAAAGAAAAUGGAUUCUCUACGACGACUAUUCUAUUGGCUCCCAAAAAGUGUGUUUUAAUGUGGUAAAUAUUUAUUGUUGUUUUGGAGUUCUAAAGGAUCCAGUCGAGUCUCACGUGUAACAUAUCGCACGUUUGAGUGACACGACUUUCAUACAGAGAAUUCCAAUGCCUUUUCAUAGGCUCAAAUAGGUUCGGAUAGUUUUUUCCAACUCGAGCGGAUCUGUAAAUGGUGCAAAACGAGAAACUUUGCCUUGAAGAUUGAUUAAGAAUUUAACAUAGUUCCAUUCAAUAUCUCCAGUAUGAGAACUUUUCUUUAGAAAUUGGUAUACAGGAGAUGCAUUUGGACCAUUCACAUCGACCUUGUCAAAAAUAGGGAAAGUUGCAUUGUAUUUUUCAAAAGCAAACUUUCUGAUCUCUUCAUUAGAAAACGGCUCCUGAUGGCCAAAUUGAUUGCAAGGAAAGGCUAUGACUGCUAAGCCUAGAAAAUUUUGAUUAUUGUGUCUUUCUCUUGUACUAUUUUGUCUUUACC